CUCUCAGAUUAGAGGGUUUAACUCCUAUUUAAAAUGAAGACUUUGAAUCUUAACGGCUGAGCUCUAAGAAGCGCUCGGCUCCCUUGGGUCGGAGGCUGGAGCCGACGGGCAUCAUGGACAGAUCUAAAGAGAACUGCAUUGCGGGGUCUCUUAAGACCACGAUUGCACUCAGUGAUGGUCCAAAACGUGUUCCGGUGACUCAGCAAAUUCCUCCUCCAAAUCCGUUAUCUGCAAAUACUGGCCAGGCCCAGCGCAUCUUGUGUCCUUCAAACUCCUCCCAGCGGAUUCCUCCACAAGCACAAAAGCUCGUCUCCAGCCAUAAACCGGUUCAGAAUCUGAAGCAGAAGCAAUUGCAGGCAACCAGUGUCUCUCGUCCUGUCUCUAGGCCACUGAAUAAUACCCAAAAGAAGGAGCAGCCAUCAUCAUCAGCCCCUGGAAGUAAUUCUGAAAAGGAACUGGCAACAAAACAGAAAAGUGAAGAAUCGAAAAAAAGGCAAUGGGCUUUGGAAGAUUUUGAAAUUGGUCGUCCCCUGGGUAAAGGAAAGUUUGGUAAUGUUUACUUGGCGAGAGAAAAACAAAGCAAGUUUAUCCUGGCUCUUAAAGUAUUAUUUAAGGCUCAACUGGAGAAAGCAGGGGUUGAGCAUCAGCUGAGAAGAGAAGUAGAAAUACAGUCCCACCUCAGGCAUCCAAACAUCCUCAGACUGUAUGGCUAUUUCCAUGAUGCCACCAGAGUUUACCUAAUUCUAGAAUAUGCACCUCUCGGAGCUGUCUACAGAGAACUUCAGAAACUGUCGAAGUUUGAUGAGCAGAGAACUGCUACUUAUAUCACAGAGUUGGCAGAUGCCCUGUCUUACUGUCACUCAAAAAGAGUCAUUCAUAGAGACAUUAAGCCAGAGAACCUACUCCUUGGAUCGGCUGGAGAGCUUAAGAUCGCAGACUUCGGGUGGUCGGUACACGCCCCAUCCUCCAGGAGAACCACCCUCUGUGGCACCCUGGAUUACUUGCCCCCAGAGAUGAUUGAAGGCCGAAUGCAUGAUGAGAAGGUAGAUCUCUGGAGCCUUGGGGUUCUUUGCUAUGAAUUUCUCGUUGGGAAGCCACCUUUUGAGGCAAGCACGUACCAAGAGACCUACAAAAGAAUAUCACGGGUUGAAUUCACAUUCCCUGACUUUGUGCCGGAAGGAGCCAGGGACCUCAUUUCAAGACUGUUGAAACAUAAUCCCAGCCAAAGGCCGACUCUCAAAGAAGUACUAGAACACCCCUGGAUCAUAGCGAAUUCAUCAAAACCAUCAAGUAGCCAAAAAAGCAAAGAAUCAACUAGCAAACAAUCUUAAGAAUGGUGCACGGGGAGGACUCUGAGAGGCAGGGCUGCCAUCUGGUGUCACAACAGGCCUCCCCCGUGCCCGAGGGCACUUCCGACAAAGGCCUGCUGAGCAGGCGCUGCCUCAGUCUCCCCACCCAAGAGUGCACUCCAGCGAACACUGCUUUGGAGUGAAAGGAGCCACAGGAAUGGACAGUGUCACUAGUUUCACAACCCGGAAGCGAGGUUCACCUGGAGCCUCCCCACAGCCUGGCUGGAGCGAGGCCUCCCUGUGGAGGGGGGACCGGCUCGGGGUCUGACUGCGGGGAGAGGGGCCACAUCACCGUGACUCCGUCAGUGACACAGGCGUGCAAUAACCUUCUGAGCCCUUCGUGUGUGUGUAACUUAUUGGGUGGCCAAGCCUGGGAAAGCCGUCAGGAUGAACAUGUGAUUCUUUCUUUUAAUGUUAAAAUAAAGAUUUUUUGUCGACUUC